AUGUCGGUCAUCCACAUCGAGCAUCGAGGCGAAAGCCCAAACCGGGCGUCCUCAGAGAUAUCCAGCCAGUAUCACGCUGUCUCGACCAUGGACGAUAAAAGUCAUCGAUCUAUCACCAAGCAAAUCGAUAUCGAGACAGUAUCAUGUGUAGAGCUACCAGAGAGGCAGCCUGGUGCUACUGGAUUCCAACCCAGCCCCUACAUGUCUCAUGUGGCACCACCAAGACGAGUAUCCGACAAUGCUCGUGAAGGUAUUGCCAAGGAGCGCAAGAUGAGCUUCGCCAGUGGCUGCAGGAUGUACCCCCGAGCCAUACUCUGGUCCGUCGUUUUGUCAUUGACAAUCGUGAUGAUUGCAUAUGACAAGAUGAUGGUUGGAGGCUCUUUCGGCAAGGACGCUUUCGACAAGGAGUUCGGCGACCCAGUGCACCAAGAAGGCGAUCCACCAGACUACGAGCUAUCGGCAACCUGGCAGACCGCCUUGACGAGUUCGGCAACGAGCACAGAGACGCUUGCUUUACUCGCCAACGGCUACCUUACGGACAAGUUUGGGUACAAGAAGGUCGUCAUUGUCGCUCUCGCUGUGAUGAAUGUCGUCGGCUUCGCUUCCUUCUUUGCCACAACCCGGGAGAUACUGCUUGUCUCGCAGCUGUUGUCAGGAGUUCCGUGGGGUGUCUUCCAGACUCUUAGUGCCACGUACGCAGCUGAAGUCCUCCCGGUAGCGCUGCGAACCUACCUGCUGGCCAACGUCAACAUGUGCUGGCUCAUCGGACAAGUCAUUGCUACCGGUGUGCUCAACGCCUGUGCCGCUUUUGACAACCAAUGGCAGUGGCGCCUGCCGUUCGGCCUGCAAUGGGCAUGCGCAUGGUGGCUCGUCAGACAUGGUCGAGACCAAGAUGCACAUCGGGCUUUGGAGAAACUCACAGAGAAGGGUCGCUCGUCUCUUGACGUCGACCAAGUUGUGUCAGUCAUGAAGUAUACCGACCACAUCGAGAAACAGCUCAACGAUUCCACCACAACAACUUACGCCGACUGCUUCCGAGGCACAAAUCUUCGCCGCACCGAGAUUGCUUGUAUGGUUUGGAUCACGCAAGCCUUCUGUGGUGGCACGAUCAUGGGGUACGCGAACUACUUCUGGAUACAGGCCGGCUUUCCAGCUGAGAACUCUUCGAAGCUCACCACGGGUAUGUUUGGUCUCGGAAUUGUCGGCAAUAUGGCUGCAUGGUUUCUGCUCCGCCAAUUUGGCCGUCGCACGUUGUACCUCUGGGGCGAGACUGGCAUGAUCGCAUUGCUCCUGCUGGGCGGACUGGUGAGCGUCAUACCAAGCAUCAACCCGGAUGUCGUGUACUGGAUCCUCGGCUCGUUGUUGCUAGUCUUUACGCUUGUCUACAACUUGACGAUCGGUCCGACUUGCUACGUCCUUGUAGCUGAGAUCCCCUCAACGCGUCUCCGCGUCAAGACUGUCGUGCUCGCCCGCGUCGCGUACAAUAUUGCGUCGAUCAUCAACAAUGCCAUCAUUCCGCGCAUGCUCAAUCCUACGGCGUGGAAUCUGAAAGGAAACACGUGUUGGCCGCUGGCUGGAAUGGCCUUCUUGUGUCUAAUUUGGAUCUGGUAUAGACUGCCAGAGACAAAGGGCCUCACGUAUAUUGAGCUAGAUAUCCUCUUCGACAAGAAGGCUCCUACGCCUAAGUUCAGGCAAUUUCGCGUGAAUCUGGAGAAUAGAGGGUAUCUGAGUCUGAACAAGGUCGAGCAGAGCGGGAGUCGAUGGCACGGGUGGCAGGGGUACUCUUAA